AUGUCGUCACGCAAUCCCCCGCCGUGGGAGCGCAACGGCCGCGACCGUCCACCACAGCGACCGCCGCCUUCGUCCACAGUCCCCGCGAAGCGCUCGGCCGACGCGCGCACACACGACCAGGCCUCGAAGCGGUCGACGAACGCGGCCGAAGAGGCGUGGGUGGCCGACGAGGACCGCUUCGUGCUGCAGCAGGCCAAGAAGAAGGCGGCCCUGCGCGUCAAGGGCGGGCGUGCCAAGCCCAUCGACUGGCUCGCCGUCACGCUGCGCUUCAUCGACCCGACCAAGUCGAUGCACGACGAAGAGGUCGAGGACCAUGAGCUGGACGUCGCGGACCCAGAGGGCGUGCUGGAGGGCCUCGACGCGGGCGACCUGUCGGAGCUGGAGAAGGAGAUUGAGAACUACCUGACGCUCGAGACGAACCGCAGCAACAGAGAGUACUGGAGUGCCCUCAAGACCAUCUGCAAAGACAUGCGCCGCAAGUCGCGAGCAUCCAACGACGCCCGCGGCACAAACUCCGUGUCGGCCGACAUUGACAAGCUGCUUGCGCCCAAGACGUACGAGCAGCUCGACACGCUCGAGGCGCAGGUCAAGAAGAAGCUCGACUCGGACGAGCCCAUCGACUACGACUACUGGGAGCAGCUGCUGCGGAGUCUGCGCAUAGGCAAGGCCAAGGCCAAGCUGCGCCGCGUGUCGCAGGAGAUCGUCAAGGAGAGGCUGCAGGCGCUGCAGAAGCAACAAGCCGCAGCAGCCACGUCGGUGCAGGAGAGGCUACACGAGAAGCUGGGCACCACAUCGCCCACCGCCGUAGCCUACCACGCCUCUCUCGACCCAGAGCCGUUGCUGAAGCUGCGCACCGAGGACAAGGCCCUGGCUCAGGUCGACGAGAAGACUUUCCUGGAGGAUGUAGCCAACGAGCGACGCAAGAUACAGAAGCUCGGCUACGUGCCGUCUCAGAACGCCGCCUCCGACCAAGCCACAGCCACAGCCACAGCCACGUCAGCCAGCAGCGGUGCCGCCACAGUCAGCGCAUCACGCUUCGCCCCCGUCGAGAAGGAGGACUACUCGCAAGCCACCAUGGCCCUCUACGAACGCGAGGUGGCACGCGGCGUCGAAGAGGGCGAGGAGGUCUUCACAGCCGAGGAACAGCUCACGACGGCGCGUCCGCAGUGGGCCGGCACGUACAAGCCACGCAAGCCCCGCUACUUCAAUCGUGUGCAGAUGGGCUACGAGUGGAACAAGUACAAUCAGACCCACUACGACCACGACAACCCCCCGCCCAAGGUCGUCCAGGGCUACAAGUUCAACAUCUUCUACCCAGACCUCGUCGACAAAGCAAAAGCGCCCACGUACAGGAUCGAACGCGAGAACGGCCGCAGGCGUGGCGAAUCUUUUGCACCUGCCGGCGAGGAUGACACGUGCCUGAUCCGUUUCAUCGCCGGCCCGCCCUACGAGGACCUAGCCUUCCGCAUCGUCGACAAAGAGUGGGACUACAGUGCCAAACGGGAGCGUGGCUUCAAGAGCAGUUUCGACAAGGGCAUAUUGCAGCUGCACUUUCAAUUCAAAAAGGUCUACUAUCGAAAAUAG